AUGCAUCUGCAUCUGCAUCUGCACUUACGUCAGACAAUGAUUGCCUUUGGGCCCGUCUAUAGCUAUUGGCUUUUUAGCUUUAAAAGAUAUAAUAGUGCUCUGAAAAAUAUCAAGACCAAUCGAAGAAACGGGUUUGAAACAACAUUUAUGAGACAGUUCAUUGAAGACACUAGCAUCAACACUAACACCAAUAACAACAACAAUAAUAACACUACCUAUCUCUCUCACUCUUUCUCAAUUUCCAAAUGUCUUGAAACUUCACAGAAUCUUUCAAUGACAAUUUGUGGAAAUAAGCCUCUGCCAUCAUCCGUCUUGCCAUUUAAAACAAGACCAUUAUCAUUUAUGUUAAAACAUGAAUAUGAUUGUCUUCUAGAAUACUAUCAAGUUGCAUACAAGAAUCCUCAGAUCUCAGGUUACAAAGAUGUAAUUGAUGACUCACCUUUCGUCAAUGACUGGAUCGAAAUGGUGAGGUCUAUUGAUCUUCUUGGGCAAAACUACAAAGGGUGUAUUAGCACAAAUGACCGUGGAUCAUACAUACAAGCAUACUUCACUGAACGAGCUGGAUCAGAACAUGCAUAUGUUGGAGAGAUUCAGUACUUUUUUGUUCACAAAUUUAGGCCAACUGUUUCUUUUCUAACACACAGAGAUCCACAUAGUAGUCAGAAUGUAUUUGCAUUUGUUAAAUGGUUCAAACCCACUUCUGAGAAAACAAGAGAAUCAGAAGGAGUUGAGUUGUUACACAAUGAACUCUACAAGUAA